AUGAUGGAGUAUGUCGGGGCUCAGCUCUCUUGGUCCCAGAGCGAAGCGAGACAGGCCGUCGACGAUCGUGACGCAAAAGCCGAGGCCGAGGCCAGCAAGCAGCGCAGGAAAGUUCAGAACCGGAAGAAUCAACGAGCACGCCGUGAGUCUGCCCCUCGCUCCGAUAACGCAUUCCAUACUCAGAAACCCGCUACAGGACUACGGCUCAAGGGCGGAGACGCGGGCAAUCUUCAGGAGUCGCGCCCAUUCCGAGUCAAGCGCUGGCGCCUCGACGAGCCCGACCACAUUCCCUCUCAAGCAAUCUCGCCAGCAUCAGAGCGCGCAACAACCACGGCCUUCUCCCAUAGACCGCCUCACACGGACGCGGGCAUAUCGGCCUCUACAGCCGAACGUACAGUCGUGCUUCGUGAAUCACUAUCCACGACCACCCACCUCCAGUCCCCCGUAAAUUUGGACAUCCAGCCCUUUACUUUUCCCUUCUCCUCGGACCACCUCCUCCAUCUCAUUCACUAUAAUGUCUGUCGCGCCUUGAUCACGAAUAUGCGUACCCUCAACACCGUACCCGCCGACACGACUCUCUGCACCGUUGCCUCGCCUUGCCGUGACGACACGACCCUCUACCCCCUCAAGCCCGACAUCCCUUCCUCCCUCAUCCCGACCGCCUUCCAGCAAACUCACGACCAUUCUACCUGGAUCAACGUCAUUCCCUUCCCCCGCGUCCGCGAGAACUUGAUCCGAUAUGAAGGCAGCUUCGAUCCCUGGGAGCUACUGCAGGACCUCGCCGGUGACCUAUUGAACUCGACGCCAGACCCGCGACGGCGAGACGCGCCCGCUUCUGUAAAAAUUCCCAGGAAUCCACAGCCCCUGACCUUUCUAUCCGGAAGUGAUCCGGAUGAAAUGACCGCCGGACGUAAGGGACUCAUUGUCUGGGGCGAGCCGCACGAGAUGAAGAGUUGGGAGGCCACGCCCGGUUUUCUCGCCAAAUGGGCAUGGGUUGCGGAUGGCUGCGAUGAGUUGGUGGAAAUCAGCAACCACUGGAGGAUGAAAAGAGGGGAGGAACCUAUGCGACUCGGGAUGUUGAGGGGCUAUCCGCCACCACCGCUCUCGCACGCAGCGUCAAGUGGAGGUUAA